GCACGACAGGCAGUUUGCGACAACGAAUCCCAACAAUCGUCCUACAGGUUGACGAUAGCUAUCGAUCUAUAUCAACAUCCAAUUAUCUAAUUCCGGUCUCAUCUUAUAAAAUACCACAAUGUCGCUCCCAAACUCUAAGCCAAAGCUGCCCGUCGCAGUCGAAAAGCCUACACCAUACACUUUCGACCUUGGCCAUCUCCUCGCAGAGGACCCCAACCCAGUGACCCUCGACCGCGAGAACCUCGAGCAGUCCCUCGCCGAACUUGCCCGUGACGGCGCCCAGUCUCUCAUCAACCAGUUUCUCACCACAUGCCCUCUCAGCUCUACCGCCGAGGGUGUUCUGCUCACCCUCCCAGCGCCAAGCACCCGUCUCCCCCGUGAGAAGCCCGUCCCUCAGGCCAAGGCCCCUACCAAGUGGGAGCGAUUCGCCGCCAAGAAGGGAAUCAAGCCCAAGACACGCGAGUCACGCCGCAACCUUGCCUUCGACGAGCAGACCGGCGAGUGGCAGCGCAAGUGGGGAUACAAGGCCCUGAACAAGAAGGGCGAGGACUGGCCCAUUGUCGAGGUCGACAUGGAAGCCGAAAAGAAGAGAAAGGAGGGCACCACCAUCCGUGGCGAUGGCCGAAGAGAACGCAAGGAGAGGGUCAAGCGCAACGAACGCUUGAUGCGCAAGAACAAAGGUAUUCCCAAAUAAAGCAUCAGCGGCUAUUCUGGAAGAGCAAGGAUUGGGCCAUCACCUCAGUAUUGGUGUGGGCACUGGUCAGGACUAUUGCUUUCGAGCAUGUAGCGGCGUUCAGGACUUUGGCGUUUCAAAUCGGCAUCUAAAAAAGCUAGGGAUUUGGGAGGGUUUAGACGUUCAUCUUAGAAGUGAAGAAACGUUUUUAUUACAGCCUUCGACUUCUGUGCUAUGUUGCAUCUAUGCCAGAAAAUGCAUGUUCAGUUACGUCUUUCA